AUGUCUUCAGUGAUGUCCAGAGCAAUUAAAUGCUCACAAAGUAGCUGGGGGAACAAUCCUCUGCUCGUUGCACUAAGUCAUGAUAACAUCGACCGUGCAAAGAAUCUCAUCAGGGUUAAUCCGGAACUUUCUUCUCGGAGGAUUAGCGCGCAUGGUUACACCACUAUGCACCUCAUCUGUGAAGUUGCCGAUGGUCCGACUGUGAAGGAACUGAUUGGUGAGGUCCAACCUGACUUUCUGUGUUCUCUUAGAGAUCUUGAGAGAGGAACCCUUCUCCAUUUUGCCGCAGAGAAAGGCAAAGAAGUUGUUCUGAGGGCAUUACUCACUCGGUGUCCAAAUUCCAUCCAAGAGUUGAAUUUGCGGGCAGAGACACCUCUUCACGUCGCUCUCCAAAAUGGCCAAAUUGGUUGUUUUUUCGUGUUGGUUAAACAACUUCAGAACCUCCACUUUCACUGGAUGGAUCUUCUAAAUCGCCAGGAUUAUAAGGGCAACACUGUUUUCCAUAUUGCAAUUUUGCGUAAGCAAGUCAAGGUCGUGAAAGUGUUGCUCUCUUACAAGCGUAGAAAUGGUGAUCGUGUGGUGAACGUGAACUCCAUAAAUAAUUCAGGUUUAACAGCCAAGGACCUCUUUUGCCAAAAUAUAUCUGAUAGAAAUGACAGAGAUAUCUGUGACAUGCUUCAUCAAGCUAGAGCCAAGAAUGGAGAUGAUGAUGAAGAGCCCCCCAGCUGUGAAGGACAAGUACCAUCUGAUUGUUUACAAUCAGUACUAGGGAGGAUUAAAGAGAAGAUGAUGCAGGAAAACAUGGACUUGAUGAAGAAAUCCCUUUUGCUGGCUGUGUUCAUUUUUUUAGCAAACGCUGCACACGACGGUCUGUUGAAUUUAAGCAACAUCUAUCCAUUAGAACACCAUGUUGAAACUUUAAACAUCCGUGUUAAAGAUAUAAUAAGGUCUCCUAAUCUCCUCCCCGAUGUAUUUUAUGUCAUUGUGGCUAACAGCAUCGCAUUUUUUGGGAGUAUGUCUGUGAUACUUGUUAACACUUGUUCCAUGGCUAGCAAAUGGUCGCUUUGUUAUCGUGCACUUCCCUUACUGGUGGCUGGGGCAAUGCUCGUCAGUUAUGGUCUGGCCGCGAAGAAGAUGAUGCCCAAGUUCUUGAUUAUUGUUGGUCCUCACAAGGUUCCAAGUUUUUUGGUCGCCUGCUUAUUCGAUUUACAAUUAUUUUGCUUUACAGUUGCUGCAUGGCUUAUAGGAAAACAGAUUUUUCGUUUGCUUUCAGCAACCUAA